UGAGAAUCCGAAACAAGAACUGGUGAGAGGUUGUCCUGCUCCACUUCACAGUUUUAUAAUAACAGGACACACAUUUAUACAACACUUUAUUCAAAAGGAAGAGCCGCAUUACACUAGGUCAUUACGCUAUUUCUGCGUCAUUGCAUAUUUGCCUUUCAGUUUCGGUUUUUAAUCUGAUCGAGUGUUUACGUGCACUCUCAAUCGUAUUAGAACAGGAAUAAACCACCCUCGUCAGUCCGAUUGAAAUUCUAUUCCGAUCGAGAUCAAUCGGAUCGAUUAAGGUGUCUACAUGAAGGCACUUCGGUCCGAUUGCGCCGUCAGUCCGAUUACAAAUGGAUUAUUUGUUUUCAUGUAAACGUAGCAGUGACACGCUUACCUCCUGGAGAGUGUUCUUCACUUGACUGGAUGUUGUGAAAGGGAUUUCUUUAUCAUGGAGAGGAUCCUCCAAUCAUCCACUACUGUCGUCCUGGGUGACUGUCCAGGCCUUUUUAUGUUGCUGAGCUCACCACUGUUUUCUUAUUUGUUUGUUUGUUUGUUUAUUCUCAGAAUGUACCAAACUGUUGAUUUGGCCACUCCGAAUGUUUCUGCUUUGAUGGAUUUCUUUUGUUUAUGAACCCUAACAACUGUUUUACUUGCAUGCAGAGCUUAUUAAAGAGGUGUAAUUCUUUAUUAUUACUGUGCUUAUUCUUACAGUGUUUAUGGCCUUACAUUCUAAAGGUGAUAAGAAAUGCUGUCAUGAAAUUAUGUGAUCAUGUGUCACACCAAAUGAUAAUGGAUGUGCAAUUGCCCAAAAAUGAUGAUUUCCCAGAUUUAAAUGGUAUUAGACCAUGGGUGACUAAGCCCCCAAGAUUUAGUACUAGUUAAAGUUCAACUGAUCCUCUAACUACUAGGAAGAUGCUUUGCAUUAAAUACUUAAUCAGCCCUAGUCUGAGGGGGAAUAGACAGAUACCCUAAAAGGAGACACGUGUUGAGUAUGCAUUAUGAUUGGAUGAUAUAGAAACAUCCUGGUCUGAUUAAGAUAUAAAUACUUAGUUGAAGUGUUCUUCUUUGUCACACACUCUGCAGAUGCUCUGUAUGAUUGUCUGACCGUCUUGCAAGAAUAAACCCUAUUUUUCCUAUUCUACAAUACUCUCAUAAUAAGAGUUGGAAACAUUUUUCCAUAACAAGGAGAACGGCUCAGACUGGAGUUCUCAUGGCGUCUCUCCAUACAUUGCUGAUUCUGUGCGUAUGCACCACAGCGCUGUGUUUGCCAAAAUCUUCACUCAUAGAGAUUGACGUGGAUGAUGGAAAAGACUGGGAUAUUUUUGAUAUAAAUCAAGCGGCAGGACUUCACCUGGUGGAAGGAGAUAUUCUGAUACAGGAGGGAGAAGACAGAAACACUAUUCUGGAUGAAAAGUAUCGUUGGCCGACCAGUGUGCCGUACGUCCUUGACAGCAGCCUUGAAAUCAAUGCCAAAGGUGUGAUACUGAAAGCAUUUGAGGAAUUCAGACUCAAGACCUGUAUUGACUUCAAACCCCGAUGUAGAGAGAGAAACUACAUUUUCAUAUUUAAAGACAAAGGAAUCCCUCCAGGCUCACACUGGUCUCACCAGCCACAGUCACUCGUUCCCAAUCACCAGCCUUCUAAUUGGACUCCCCUGAUACCACUUACCUGCACACAUAUAAGCACAUGCACUCCACUCAGUCAGCAGCUGGUCUCGAGGUCUCAACGUUGGGAUUACCUGCCUGUCUCUACUUACCUUCCUGGACGGAUCGAUGCAAGGAUUUAUGGAAACGAACUUAAAAAGAUUAUUUGAGAGAUAAGACUUUGAGUUUACAUCAAAUAAACAUUGUGAUCAAAACUAACCACGUCUUUGCCUUUCUCAACUGUGACAGAAGACCAGCCCAAACGAAAGAGGAUUUACUUCCACAGAUUAGAGUUCAUAAUGACCGGAAUCAUUACUAAGCGGUAGUGGGCUGAGGAUCGGCUGUGCAAUCUACGU